GCAUCAUGAUCAUGCCACAGCUCUUCGUCUUUCCCAUCAUUGUACUCAUUUACAUACCCCCCACCCUGGCCAUGAUCGCCCUUGAGGGUCCUUGCCCCUCGAAUAUGACGGCUGUGGGGGACCUGGACAUGGAUCGCUUUCUGGGCAAAUGGUAUACGUAUUCCGUGUAUCCGACUUUCUCGAAACGAGUGCCCAAAUGCCAGACGGUGGAGUUCAAGAAGGAAGAGGACAAAUUCUGGAUUAAACGUACAGAGCUGAGCACCAAGACCGACACACUGAAGAUCAAAGUCGAGGAGAUUAGAAAUGUGGACCCAUCUCACGGGAAAUACGAUCUAAUAACCACAAAUUCUGCCUUUCCCGAGGGCAUUCAGAUCAACGUACUGGACACGGACUAUGACAACUUUGCCAUACGCUACAUGUGCUUCGAUUCCAACAACCUUUUCAGCUUUCAUUGGGCCGUCAUCCAGACCCGCAUUCGUCUGCCCACCUCGGAUAUAAUAUACACGGCCCAGGUCCUGGCCAGAAAAUCUGGCAUUGUUCUGAGCAAAAUGAUCAAGAUACCACAGCACUCGUGUCCACCAGAUGCCUAGGAGAAACGGUACGAAAACAUCUGCGAUUCUGAUUUAAGAUUUGUUCAGGAAAUGCUUUAAUAGCCACGACUAAGUGGCGAGAAGUUCUAUUCUAUUGAAAAGUCUUUAAUACACGGAAUAAGGUUUUCACAUUCAA